CACCACAACGGGCUGCCCGCCACGCUGCCUGCUGGCCGCCUCGCCACACCUCCCUGCCACACAUUAGCACCGCCUACAACACCUUGGGUGACACCACGUCCUCUCCCUACAGUGGCACGCACUAACACAUACCUGGAUAAGUAUCUACCUGAAUAUCACAACAAGAAGAGCCUCAAUAAGCCACCUAGGAGCUACCAACUCCUCAUGACAAAGUAAUGUGGAAGAUUGUUUACGUCCUUCGUGCACGAGAAGGCUUCUUGGACAAUAAGUGAGCUCAGCGUUAGUUUACUGCAUCCUCCAAACUAACGGCGUGGACAAACAGUAUAACUUGACUAAUUUGUGUGAUAAAAGUGAAAAAAAUAAGUUGAAUAAGUAAAGUGUAGCCCACAUGGUGCGCCGCAGCAACUCAUCAGCUGAUCCCGCCGGAGCGGAGAAGCAGCGUACUGCCAGCACGUGAAGGCGCAGUUUAGCGUUGCUCGUGGCCGGGGAGAGACGCUCCAGUUCCCCGUGUCCUUGCGUUUGUCCUCUGUGUGGUUAUUUUUUGAUAGUUAUUAGAUUUGAGUGUUUCUGGUGAUCACAAUGGCGACUCUGACCCUUGAAGAGGACCUUAAUGCAGCGGCGUGUCUGGUGGCCAUGAAGGGCGGGGGCCGGGUGAGCCCGUGGGCGGCUCCCGACACUAACAGUCAGCGCCCACGUCUUCAUGUAAAAACUAAUCUGCCGUUGCAGCAGACCUACCAUGACCCACCGCCCACACACACACCCGCCCCAAGCCCAGAACACUCCCCAUCAGUGGAAUACACCCACCCGCCCCCUUUGUCCCCCGCCCACCAUAUGUACCAGCCACCCACGCCGCCUACGCCUCCCUCCCCACCGACGCCCACUCUGGAGGACCACUCGUAUUGUCCUCCCUCGGAAACAGACCAGAGUGUGUACCUGAUCGCCCGUAUCCUCGCUGACCUGAAGCGCGUGCAGCAAGUGCGGGAAGACCCCCUGCCCUCACCCAGGGAACCCCAGCCCCUCCCAGAGCAGCAGCAACAGCAGCAGCAGCCCGAGACACAGGAAGCGCCUUUGGACUACAGCAAGAGAGUAGAAUCCGAGGCGCCGGUAAGAGAGGGAGAUUCCACCCCAAACCCGCGUAGUUUGAGUGGGCGGCGAGGGCGGGGCCGCUCAAGCCAGCUCAAGGUGGAGGACAAGCGUGCCCAUCCAUGCACCUUCCCCGGCUGUGAUAAAAUCUACGGCAAAUCUUCACACCUGAAAGCACACCUGAGGACACAUACAGGCGAGCGGCCGUUCGAGUGUUCGUGGCCGAGCUGCAGGAAGAGGUUUGCCCGGAGCGACGAGUUGGCGCGGCACACCAGGACGCACACCGGCGAGAAGAACUUCGUCUGCCCCGUCUGCCAGAAGAGGUUCAUGCGCUCAGACCACCUCAGCAAGCAUGCGCGGAGACACCCGGACUUUGACCCCACCCUCCUGCGGCAGCGGCGCCAGGCCACCCCCGUCACCACCGCCUCGGACAGUGAGGAAAUGUCUUCGCCUUGAGGUCUGCCUAACCUAGGUUGCCUGUCGUAGCUGCCGCUGUGCCGUGAGCGGACCUGUUGCUGCACAGUACAAAAUGCUUGUUUCCAGCACUGAGUUAGGGCUGUGAGACACACACGUUGUGGCUCUGUGACUCUGGAACAAGGCAAGAACAGAAACAAGUGUUGCAACACUUGCAUCUCAUCCACAUUCUAAAGUUAUGGUUUCAUCUUUUUCACUUGUACAUAAAAUUUAUCUUGAAAAAUAGCUAGGCUCUACCCACUCAGGUGUGUGAGGCAUACCACACAAAACCUCUUUGCUCAGCGUUCUGUAAUGAAGUGCAACAUACCUUACCAGUGACCAGCUCACCUCUCAUCAUCUGCUCAAAGCUGAUGUCUUGUACCUAUACUUGGUGUGAUCGGUCCCUGAUGCCUGUUUUUAUAUACGUGGAUGUAUUUUUAACUCCCUUUACCAGUGUGAGGCACUGGUGUUUGAAAACUCAAUAAUUAUACAUGUCGUAACAAUACAUAUGGUUGUAAAAAUGCACAUGUCCCAGCAGCACCCGUGUUCCCUCAGUUCAGACUGCUCUGCUGAGUAAGACAAUGAAAGGCAGGGCAGUUUGCCCCCUCACUGAACUGGCUGUGUUGCCUACCUGACCCACACAGUGCCAGGUCACUGAGGCUGUCACACCCAUCUAUGUACAAUACUGUGUGUGUGUGUGUGUGUGUGUGUGUGUGUGUGUGUGUGUGAGAGAGAGAGAGAGAGAGAGAGAGAGAGAGAGAGAGAGAGAGAGAGAGAGAGAGCUAUGCUGCCACCCAGAGAUAAUGUUCCAGAAUGAAAUGUAGUUUUGAAAUUAUUUUUUUAUAUUUUUAUUUCAUGGGUCAGUAUUGUAGGCAUUGUGAAACCAGAAAAGCAGUAUGAUACCUUGUCCUCCUGCCUCCUAGUUGCCUUUCUAAUUUGUUUUGCCCAACAGUAAUUCUUAUUUAUUCUAAUUCGUCAGCAUUUCUUGGUUAUCACUUUGCAUUCACAAUAGCAAAAGACACCAGCUGCUUCAUUACAUUGUUUUGAGCAUUGUUAUUACUUUAGAUGGUGCUAAGAAGUGCCUUAGAAGGUUGAGCACCAGUGUUGCUGCAGUAGUGUGCAUGUGCUCAGCCCGGCGGGACCUCCACCACCCAUACCCUCUUGUUCUCCCGCAUGUUUGUUAAUGUAGAGUCAUCUCAAUAUGAGCAUAAUUGCCAAGGAAUUCUAUGUUUACUGUUAGGCAUUAUUUAUAUAUCUAUAUACUGUAUACUGUACCAUACUCCAUGUAUCGCACACUCAACAAUAUUUUGCAUACCUCUUGCAUUCCUUUCAAGGAACACCGUUUUGCAGCUGUUGAUUGGAAUGCAUAUUAAGUUAUAAGCAGAAUUAAGGAAUCAGUGUAUCGAUGAACUCUAGUAGUAGUGAAAUCAGUUACUGUGAAGCCUCAGCCUAGAGAUACAGACCACCUGCCAUAUACUACUGCCCACCUGAAAGACACACCUCUUUAGUAGUCAGGGCUAUAAUUUUGUAAUUGAACUAUUCAAACAAUAGAAAGAAGGCAUGAAUGUAUUAGUAUUUAUAUAAAAGGUGUAUGUCUCUGGUAGAUAGCUAUAAGGAGGUGUUACACUGAGCACAACUCCUUGUACCAUACAUCUAGUCGUGCGAGCUGCAACAUACCGGAAUUAGGAGUCAGUGCUUGAUAGGGAAGUUUUUUUGGGAAUUGUAAUUUUUAAAGGUCUUUGAAGUCUAUAUUUUCCUGUGAAAUAAGGAAACCUCAGUUGUAGUGCCAUAUGAAGGGAGGUGGGAAUGUCUCAUUUCUUACAAGCCUUAGUUAAGGGAGAGCAAUUUUUUUAACAAUUAUUUAUUUUACUUUUCUCAGUGUGAAGCACAAGGAUAUUCAACACUUUUCAAUAAAAUUAUGGCUCAAAUUGUCUUAGUUUUUACUUUUGAUGUAAACUGUAGUGUGAAGGCAAACAGUGUAUUGUUUUAAUAUCUUGGAACAGUGCCAAAUAAGAAUAGUAAGCCAGUGUUGGGAAGGACAAUUUGUUUGUAAAACUGUACUUAUUUGAUGUACUUAACUUUAAACUGACUCCCUUGCUGUCAGCUUGAUAAAGGGGAACACAACAAGGAUAAAUGGGGAAACAUAUCAGUGGCAGACAGCAUGUAUAUUGUGUGCAUGAGUGUGUGCAGUGUUUCUACCUUUUGGACUGUUUAAUGCCUCACAGUUAGACUUACACAUCAUAAUCAUGACCAAGUUAUUCUUUUCUCUGUACAAAAGACAUAGUUAUUAUUAAUGAAUGUGCAUAAAUAAAUACAAAAUGUUUAUAAUCAUGACUCACUUGUCAUGCCGCUCCUGGGGCAUCGGGCCGCCAGUACACCUCAGCUCAUGUUGUUGCAGUGUCAUGCUGUAGAAAUUUAACACGAAGUGAUUGCACUAUUCAAGCUUUGUGAUAUUGUAGGCUAAGUUUCAAGAAACACUAAUAAUGGUAUCCAUAUAGCACACCUAGACUAAACUUUUUACUGUGAUGACAAAGCUGGAGUGUUCUUAGUGGUCCAGCACCUGGCUGGACAUUUUCUUUGGCCACGAUAUAUUCACACAUUUCUACCAUAAAUAUGAAAGUUGAGUUAAUGCCCUUUACUCUACCUUACCUGAAGUGGCCGAGAGAGGUGCCGGGAGGCUGUGAGCUCAUUGGGUGGCAUUGGCUGCUGCCUGUCACAGUGUUAUCCUCUCAUGUCUUUCACAAAGGAACUCACCAUGAGCAGAUAUUUUUGAGAAAUGCUCAUUAUCAUCAAACUAGAAGUGGUUUGUUUCAUAAUACUGAAAACAAUGUUGAAAGUUGUGUAAAUAAAGAGAUAUAAGAUAAGUGGUGUUAAGUAACCUAGUAACUGCAUGAAAUAUUGUCUUGGUUUUGAAAUGCCUACAUGCUGAGAGGCAAAAGGAAACAAUACUAAUUUAGCAUUUCAGUUUUGCAUCCAAUAAAGCAGCAAAACUUAAACUGAUAUUAUGUGUAUAUUUGGAAAAAAUUCAAAUAAGGCUGUAACUGUAAUGGUGCAACUGAGUGGGGUAGAGGGGCCUUCAGACUCUAAUCUCAUCCCUCUUGUAAUAUAGGAGCUGCAUACCUAUUAAUCUCACAAUAUGCAACAGACUGCAGUGGUGUUAUUAAUCUCCAUUUCUUGGGGAGGAUUUUUUUAUGAGAACUACCUUAGAUUAAACACCAUAAUAACCAUGUUCUUUCUUGGUUCUUUCAUAUAUUUAUUUACUUAAUCUAAACCCUGACAUAAUCAUAACUUCCAAACUAAUAUGAUACAGGCCAAGUUCUUCACAUCCGACAAUUUUCCACCGAUUCAGUUUUUGCCAUGAAGCUGGACUUCCCUCCACAGUAGGUAAUCAAGAUAAUGUAACAUACUGGUGAUGAUUAGUCACAUCAGAGAAAUCAGAUAGAGGGUGCUUUGAUAUGUGAAUAAAGCACUAGUCACAGGAGGAUAAAAUGGCUUGUCAUAAUUAUCUGAAAUGAUGGUAAAUAAGACGCUGAGUGUCAUGGCAGUAUGACAUGGUAAAUGAAACAAGUCACAAUAGAUAUGAAUGAAUAUGCAUUGGAGAUGAGCUACUUGAAAGGAGCAUGUGGGCUAAUGAGGUGAGAUUUACCAUGUAGUGAGGAUGUAUGGUAUGGAUAUGAGAGGAAAAGGUGUCACUGCUAAGGUGGAAUGAGUAUGUAGAGCUGAGAGUUAAACCCAAGGACUGGCUGCAUGACCUCAGGGUAGAUGGAGGAGGAAAACAUGAAAGAACAAAGGGAGGGAUGGUACUGAUGCUUAGAAAAGAGUAUAUAAACAAAGCAUUUAGGACUUUUUCUGGGGACAAUCCUUCAGGUGGAAUUCUUGUUAGAAGUAUGGAUAGAUGUUUUGUGUUAAGGGAUGGAUUGCAGGUGAAAUUACAAAAUACAUAUGAAUACCAUUGCAUGUAUGCCAUGCUCCCAUGUCAGCAUGGAUGUACACUAUAUACCCUGUUGGUAAACAGGAACUAUUAAAAAAUGUAUCCACUUCCUGUUGAAAAACAGGUAUCAGAUAUAAAGUAACAUUUGAAACAGUAUCCCAUUGCUGUACAGGAACUAGUUGCAGAGAAACAUGUUCUAAUGGAUAAGAUAAACAUAAUUCUUUAUUCCAUGUUACACCAUUCAGUUCUCCAUACUAUUAUUAUCACUGAGCAGCCAAACAGCAAAACCAUGAAGAUCUUCUUGAGAAAACAGUGCUACUAUGUUCUGCUUCAAAAUAUAAUACUCUUCUAUAAAACAUAGAUAUUUUUUUAGUGCAAUCAAAGACAUGGCAAUCAGGCUUGUGGCUUUGCAGCUCAUUUAUAUAUUGAGAUGAAGUGAGUAACAUACAUGGCACACGGCAGACUGACAUUCAUUGUUUUGCCUUCCUGAAUAAGACCAACCACAGCAUCAGUAUAUUGUAAUUUUCAUCAUCCUAACACAUCAGUUGUGACAUAAAGAAUCACUCACCUAAGCAUUAUCUAUUUGACGGUCAAUAGGGCUGAACUUGUGUAAUUACACAAGAAAUUAUGAAAUUAUCAUUAACUCCAUACAUGUUAGUUUAUGGACCUGCCCUCUGUGAGAAAAUAUAUACAAGCACUUUUCAAAUACUUGAACAAAAAUUCUUAUAAUAUACUGUUAUGCUGUACACACAUUUAUAUUUACUGUGCUCAUCCAUACAAUCAUACACCUGUAAUACAUGUACGAAAACUAUGUUAGCCAUAAACAAAGUUGAAAUUAUCGAAGAAAACAAAUACAUAUAUAUAUAUAUGCAAAAAUAUAUCCUGGUGAGUUGCUUUCAUUGACCAGUAUCUUUAGCUGGGAUGAUGUAAGAUGAAUAUUUGAAGUCUGGUGAGCCUCACAACAUCCAUCAGUAAUACAAAUUAGACAUAUAAUUUUGACACAGGACUGAAACAUAAUGAUGGAUAAAUCACAUUACUAAUGGUGAAUCUUAAUAUUUGGCACUGCAAACCAGGUUUCAGUGUUUAAAGGAAAACUAGACAUCUCAAUAUACUGACCUGCAUAAUUACGAUAAUGGACCUGAUUGCUACAGAAAUGCAUUAUUUAAUAUAAAUCAUAAAGUACAUUUUGUAAGUUGCCAUGCAUGCUCAUGAGGGUGAUAAUGUGGCUACAUGAAUAACUACAGGCUAAAGCCAAACUAAAAUUUGUCCAGACCAGCAUGACAAAUAUACACACAUUUCUGGUAAUGAUGAAAUUAUAACUAUGAUAAACACAUUAAAUAAAUGAAAGCCAUAGAACAGGCUUAUUUGAAUCAGGUGAAACUAUAUGAUACUGGAAUAAGAUGACUGUGCCUGAUGCAAGCAAUGACUACCACAAUCCCUCCAUUUGGGAUUAUUGUAUAAGUACUGUAUGCUUCACUUAAGCAAAAUGUGAACUUCAUCAAAGAGUACAAAAACCUGAAAGGUAUCUAUAUGAAAAAUCAAUCAAUAUACAUAUCCUGGUAUGUGGGUCCUAUUUUGUUACUCCUGCAAACCAUUUCCCCAUUCCAAAAGUAUGUACUGUGAAAAAUGCAGCAAUAUAUCAAAUACUAUGCUUAUUAUAUAGAAGUUAAAAAAUAGCAAUGCUGAUGAAUAUUAUCAAAUAAGCAUAUAAAUAUGCACUUAAAUAAAUAAUUGAAUAAAUAAAUAAAUAUAUAAUGAAAUAGAGUCUGUGAGUGUCACUACUUAGGUCCUGUGAUUUAGAAGGCCUGUGAACUUCCACACAAUUUUCUUGAGUUUUGCAUUUUCUCUCUUCAGCAACCAUUCUGCAUCAUGAGAUAAUGGAGCAAAAAACAUCUCUACCUUGAGUCAUAAGGUGAUUAAGAAAGACCAUCUGGUUUAGUCUAGGUUUCAUGCUCUUAUGUUUGUUUCUUUUAGACCACAUUUUGCAAUAAAUUUCAAAACAAUCUGUGCAUGCAUAUAGCAUAUGUGUGUGUGUGUGUGUGUGUGUGUGUGUGUAAGAUCUGCAUGUCUGUUUAAUAUAAAAUGUGCUCAUCUCUAUAUAUAUGAGGUGGUGCCAAAGAAACAAUAUCAAACAAAACAUGACAGACAAAAAGAAGCAAUAGUGAAAAUUGUACUGCUACAUCACUGCCGGAAUAUGGAGUGCAGGAGAAACAAAAUUGCUGUCAAGUUGUGAAUAUGGUUGUCACUUACCCUGUGAUUUAGCAUACAGUAGAAAAUGUCAUAUAUUGUAGAAAAUAAUACUGUAUGAUAAACAGUUGAAUACUAUGAACUCCUUGCCUAUGACUGCUUGGGCAACACAUUUCAGUCACAGCUUUCAUUGGUGCCAUGUUUGUUUAUGUUAUGAGACAACACUAAAUAUCUGGGAUAUGGCCAAGGUAAAUAUUUAGUGAAAACUGAAAUUUUAUCAUUACUGACCAGAAAUUAGUUUAUAGCUACAGCUUUUAAUUGCCCCACUUUAAUAGAAAAUAAAUAAAUCAAAGACAUUAGGAUUUUUUAGCCAAUGCUAAUAUAAAGAUUAAAUACACAUUUUUUUUCAAGUAUUAUAUUUAAAAGGAUUCAUAUUAAACUUAUUGCAUUGCAGGUUUUAUACUAGUGGAAAAAAAGAUGUUUGUAUAAAAUUUAGAUAUAAAUACUUUGUGCUAAAAUUAUUUUUGUGCUUUCAUUAUUAAUGUAAAAAAUAAAAUCCAACUGUAUGACUUGAAAUAAAAGAAACAUCAUGAAAUAAUAAAAAAAAAGUUCCGUACCAAUGAAGCUGAUGAAAUGCUGAAAACUUAAGUUUAAUUUUUUUCUUUCAAAAUUGUUUUUAAGUCUGAAAUAUAAUGUCACUAGUAAGGAUAAUUCAAGAGUGUCCUGAAAAAAUGUCAUGCCUAAAACUGAAGAGAGCUCUUGUGAAAAAAAAUAAUAAUAAUAAUAAUAAACAAAAAAUAAAUAAAUAUUAAUCAAAUAUUAUUGCUGGGGAUGAGUGCUGACAUAGCCCUCAUUCACAUCAUAAAAAAAGAAAUGCCUUAUUUACAAAGAUAUAAUAGAAAUGUAUAACUUUUCUCACUGCUAUCUAUUCUAUGCAAAAUGUCAAUACAGCUUAAUGAGCUUUCCUACUAAAAAUAAUAAAUUGUGUCCAAACUUGAAGAGCUGUACUACAAACAACUCCAGCCCUGCUUAUACUGCUGGUUCCAUCAUGCAACCACAGUGUAUAAUCUCAAGAUAAAUAUUAACUUACCAUCUAUUUGUUGAAUCAAUACUUUUAAGACUGGCCUUGUAAAUGGCAAUAAUGAGCCUUAGUUUGAGUGUCUGCCUCUUACUGAAGAAAUAAAGCUUAAGGAAACUUGUUAUCAGCAUCUCACUAGUGUCUGACACCAGUGUUGUGAGCAAAGAGUAUGUACAAGAACAAAGAGUAAUGCCUGCCAUGUGAGCAGUGAGGCUAAACAUACUGUCUUAAAAGUAAAUUAUCACAUUUCAGAUGAAGGUACUUGGACUAAAGGUAACAUAACUAAAACAAAUAAAUAAACAAAAUAAAUAAAUAUAUAAAUAAACAGUAUCUAACCUCUAGCUGAUACUGACGGUAAUAAUACAGGUUGAGGAAAAAGGUUUGGAAAUACAUCUGCUGACUGCCUGAAUUUACAAGAAAAUGUUAUUUCAAUAAUAGAAAACUAUCUGAAGACUACAGGCAGACCACAUUUGGCACUGGAAUUCUGUUUAAAAAGGAUAUGCUGAAAAAAUCAGCAUUCGCAAGUGCUAUAUGCCAAUUAUAAUUAUGGAGAUAUGUUGCUACUCCCAUUAAAAAAAAAAAAAUAAAUAAAUAAAAAAAAAAAAAAAAAAAAAA